GCAGAUCAUGUUUGAGACCUUCAACACUCCUGCCAUGUAUGUGGCCAUCCAGGCCGUGCUGUCCCUGUACGCCUCUGGUCGUACCACUGGUAUUGUCACAUACUCCGGUGACGGUGUGACCCACACUGUGCCCAUCUAUGAAGGCUACGCUCUGCCCCAUGCCAUCCUCAGAUUGGACCUGGCUGGCAGGGACCUCACAGACUACCUUGGUAAAAUCCUCACUGAGAGGGGCUACAGCUUCACUACCACAGCUGAGCGUGAGAUUGUGCGUGACAUUAAGGAGAAUCUGUGCUAUGUUGCCCUGGACUUUGAGAGAGAGAUUGAAAGAGCUGCCUGCUCUUCGUCAUUGGAUAAGAAUGAUGAGCUGCCUGAUGGACAGGUCAUCACCAUUGGGAACGAGAGGUUCCAUUGCCCAGAGGCUCUCUUCCAGCCCACAUUCCUUGGUAAGCAGCAUCAGCUUUAA